AUGCAUCAGUCUCAGCUGUCUGUCAACUCGGUUCAGUCGCUCAUCGAGCCUACAACACCGCCGCUUGGCCAAAUGAACAAUCGCCAAAACCACCAACGCACGCAUUCGCUCGAUCUUUCAGGCUUCAACCAGUUCAUCCAGGGCAACUCGCCCUUGAUGCCGCUGCCAUUGUCUCCUGCAACCCCUGCAAUGGCCGGACAUCGACAAAAAGUCAAAUCCAUGCCGUUGAUCAGCGAAUUUGGCGCGCCCGUAAGAAGUGUGAGCGGGUCGACCGCAUCUUCUGGGUCGAAUGGCUCCAACAACGUUCCCGCAGACCUCAAUUGGAUGCCACUGGAAGACUUGGACUACGUCAAAUUGGCCACAGACCAAUUCGGGUGCCGUUUUUUACAAAAAAAGCUCGAAAACCCAAACGAGUGCUGCACCAUGCGUGAUCUCAUGUACGACCAGAUCAGUCCCUUCUUUUUGGACCUCAUCGUCGACCCGUUUGGCAACUACCUGAUCCAGAAGCUCUGUGAGUGUUUGACUACGGAUCAAAAGACGCAAUUGGUCGAAAAAAUCUUCCCCCACGUAUUCCAAAUCUCCAUCAACCAAUACGGCACCCGGUCGCUUCAAAAAAUCAUAGACUCGCUCGACACCGAGGCCCAGGUCGACAUGAUUAUCUCGGGAUUCGGCCAGCGCCAUACCUCGAUCGAUCAGGUCGUCGUGCUCAUCAACGACCUUAACGGCAACCAUGUUGUUCAGAAAUGCAUAUUCAAAUUCCCACCUUCCAAAUUCGACUUCAUCAUCGAUGCUAUUGUCGACCACAACAACAUCGUGAGGAUCUCUACCCACAAACAUGGCUGUUGCGUCUUGCAGAAAUUGCUAAGUGUUUGCACUCUGCAACAAAUCUUCAAAAUAUCCGUUAAGAUCGUACAGUUUUUGCCCCAUUUGAUCAACGAUCAAUUCGGCAACUACAUUAUACAGUUUCUCUUGGACAUAAGAGAACUUGAUUUCUACUUGUUGGGCGAAAUCUUCGAUAAACUAUCUGUUGAAAUGUGUCAGCUCUCUUGUCUCAAAUUCUCUUCAAACGUUGUGGAAAAAUUCAUCAAAAAAUUGUUCAUGAUCCUGAAAGUGUCGUUUCCUCCUGCUGCCACUAAAAAUAAGGCUAUCCCAGAUGACGUAUCGAUGGUUGCGAUGAAGAUUCUGCUAGCAGUUAUUGACAUCUUCACUGCCAACCUCAAUGUCCUCAUUAGGGACAAUUUUGGCAACUAUGCCCUCCAAACUCUCUUGGAUGUCAAAAACUAUACUAAGCUUUUGCAGUUUUCUGAUAACACUUUUGGGCACAUUCCAACGGGUACAUUGAAUUUUAGUCAGGAAUUUACCUUGAAAGUGACAAACUUGGUUAUUUUGACUAAAGAACUAUUGCCAAGCAUCAAGACUACGUCAUACGCCAAGAAAAUCAAACUCAAAGUGAAGGCUUUCAUUGAACUCACUGGUCUUGUAGUGAAUGAUAACUUCCCAGGCAAAACUACUCCAAUGAAUGGCCAGCACCAAAACAACAGCCGCAGACAGCAUGCCCGGCACUACUCUUUACCAGCAAAUGCUUAUCGACACCGCAGGAACAGCAGUUCUUUAUCCAUGUCAUCAGGAUACCCGGCUUAUCAACCCCAACAGCAUAUUGUCCCGCCUUUCUCUUCCGGAGGCGACGCUUUCGGGAUCCCCUCUCAAGUGUUUCCUGGUAACAACUCUAAUCAAAUCAAUCAAAACUUUUAUUCGAUGCAACAGAGGCCCACCAGCAUCAUAUACAAUCAACAUCCAGAACGAUUGCGCUCCGUUGGAAACGGGCCAAUCUCCUCGGCCGCCAUGUCAGCAAACGACCUUGCAUAUAACGAUCCCCGUUUGAUGCAGAUGCCAAAAGCUCAGACUGAUACCCAUCUUUACAACCCUGCUAACGAGUCAAACCAGGACUUGUACAUGAACAGCAACAACUAUGAAAAUCUCAAUCACAAUGGUUUUUACUACUGA